AUUAUCUCAACUAUUAAUAAAAAUGUCAUCAACAGGCAACUUGAAUGAUAAAUUCGAUACUAGCUUCGUGUAUCUCUUCAAAUACAUAAUCAUAGGAGAUAUGGCUGUUGGUAAGAGUUGCCUUUUGAUGCAAUUUAUAGACAAAAGAUUCCGAUCAAAGCAUGAUGUCACCAUAGGAGUUGAAUUUGGAGCUAGAAUCAUCCGAAUCUAAAAUGUUGCUCUGAAAUUGUCCAUUUGGGAUACAGCAGGUUAGGAGUCCUUUCGAUCAAUUACUAGAUCUUAUUAUCGAUCCUCUGCUGCUGCCAUUAUUGUCUAUGACAUAACAAAGAGAAAUUCUUUUGAAAAUGUUGUGAAAUGGCUUGAUGAUGCAAGAGAAAAUGGCAAUAAGCAAAUCACAUUUUUAUUGGUAGGAAACAAAAAUGAUCUAGAAUAAGAACGUCAAGUCCCAUUUGAAGAAGCCAAACAAUUUGCUUAAGACAAUGAAAUUGGGUUUAUGGAAACAAGUGCCAAGACCAAUUACAAUGUAGACUAAAUGUUCACUAAAUUGGCAGAAAUCAUUCUAUUUAAAAUACAAAAAGGAAUUAUAGACCCUAAAAAUGAAAGUUUUGGGGUUCGGGUAGGAAGUGAGUAUCAAAAGUAUCUUGCAUCAUAAUAAAAUGAUUCCAAAUAAGAAGAAAAAGAGAAGAAUCAAAAAAUAGAUCCUUAAUUUGAGGGAAAAUAUGUUUAACUAAAUGAUCCUGCGAUUGAAACUAAAAAACAAAAAAACACAUCUUGUUGUUGAAUUAAGUUAUUUUUUAAAGAAAUUACAUCUGUUUAAUAUAAUU